AUGCCGUUUGUGCGUUCCCGCAAAACCACAAAUAUAUGCCCUGCCUCAUCUUCCGAGAGCAUAUCAAGUAGUCCCCAACAAAAUUACCGAAGACGUUCUAGCGAUACAAUCUCAAAUGACGACUUACCACUAUCGAUCAGCUUCAUGAAGAGGCCUUCCAGAUCUAGCUUCUCGGGUGAGAACGAAGAAAUCAUGAAACACAACACUAUCUUGAACUCAAAAACACACUCUCCACCGCCCUUCCAGGAAAUGUCCAAACCAGAAAUAGAUAACGAGCACUCACCAGAGCAAAUGGGUAGCCCGGUGUCGCUACCGGACUCCAAAUAUGAGCUAAUGUCUCCAUUGGUGCGCAAGAAAUCAGGGGAGCUUGUUAAAUCGUCCCUCAAGCUCAAUACUCUGGGUGGUAGCUCCAAAUCCCUGCCCACCACUCCAACAUACAAACAAGUGCAUUUCGGCGGAAAUAUAGCUGUCAAGUAUUUUGAUGAAGCAGAUAAGCCCAGUUCCAUCAGCGCAGGCAACUCUCCCUUUGUUUCUGAUGACGAAUACGACUCAGAGUGUGAAUCUGACGACGAUGAUUAUUUUGGCUCACAAGAUACUAUCUACAGUGUUUCAAAAGAAUAUGUUGAGUCAGGAAGCCAGAGGUCAUUUGAGAAGUUCAAGAAGUUGAUCAAGGCGUGGGACUUGAAUUCGGAUCAAUUCCCAAGAGUUUCCUACAGAGAUCAAAUUGAUAAAGAAACACCUGUUUUUCUAGAAAGGUGUUUUUUGAGCGUGGAUAAGACUGAACUACUAGGACAAAUUGCCGUGAAGAAUCUGACGUUCCAAAAGUCUGUGACGGUUCGAUACACCUUCAACAAUUGGGAGACAGUCAUCAAUAUGGAAGCUUCGUAUGUUCCGGACAUCCCAAGGCUGCUAAAACGUGCGAACUAUGAUAGGUUUGUUUUCAGACUAUCUGUUCCAACACUUUUUUCGCAGUUCUAUUCUAGCCACGAACCGCUCGUGGACUUGGAUCCAUAUUUUUAUCUUUGUGUCCGAUACGUUUCUGAUAAUCAGGUUUUUUGGGAUAACAACUAUCAGAAAAACUACGAGUUGCGAUUCUCUACGGAUGCAUCUCACGCCAAAGGACCUAGAAAGAACUCUCCCCAUGAAAACAUGUACUCAUCGAAAUUCCUUCGCAAAAGUGCCAGCUUUGAAGAUGUUUCGUCCAGAUUGGCUUCCACAAACGCUUCAAACCCUAGAUCAUUUCCUGAACUGGACAACGCUCUUAAAGACCUAAGUUUGCCGAAACCUUCCAAGGCUGAACUUCACCAACAAAUACCUUAUGAUUUCCACCAAGAAACCGUUUUAGAUAGCAGCAUGAACUCGCCGGGAACGCCGCUGGUUUUUCAAAAUGUCAGUGCUGCCCCUACAUUCACCGACUUGAUGUCACCGCCUCUUCCUUUGAAAGUCAAAGAUGAGAACGAACCUAACCAAGACGAAAGGGAUAUUUCGCCAACCACAAAAGUGCCUGAAGGUAAAAUCCCACCAGUAUCCGAAUAUACAGGUGUCGCCAACCACUCGCGUAAACCAGACAUCAACUCAAAAUCAUAUCAACAAUUACUAGAGAAUUACUGCUUUUUCCAAAGCCCCUCCACUGUGUCUUCAUUUUUGAACAAUAACAAUGCUAAUGAGAAGUCACAAGUUGACAACAAAUAUGGCCAUAAUUUCUAUUAG